CGUCAGGAUAAUCACUUUAACGGCUCGAUAUUUGAAUUCACUUAGAUUGUAUGCUGAUUGUUGUCGAAGUAUACAUGUCGCCAAUACUCAUAUCUUUUUUCUAUCGACUUAAUUCGCGUUAGAUAAUAAUGGAUUGAAAUAAACCAAAUACGAGAAUGAAUUUAGAAUACGCAUAUCUCAUGCAAUCAUUGAUCUGAACAGUCAAUCAGGGAAGCGCAGCGAAGCAAGCAACGCGAAGUGAAAUGAAACAAAGUGACGCGCAGUGGAGAAGGCAAACCAGCCAACUCGAUUUGACCAAGAAUAACUCAAUAUUUAUAUUCAGACAAAAAUAGGUUACAGACACGUGAUGAAUAGGGUUAGCAAUUAACACCACAUACGAUCACAGAAAACCAGUCAAUGUUAAUGAGCGAACAACUGACAAUAUCAAAAUAUAGCUUGAGAAGGAUGAAUAAAUUGAUCUGGACAGAAGCUAAAAUAACCUAUGCGUGUUUGACAUAUCACCAGCCACUACAAUUUUCUAAAGCUAUUGGAGGAAACCAACUAAAACAGACCAUGAGAUACACCACUUUGAGUUCGAAAUUACUUACAAAGGGACGUAUAGAUAUUUAUUGCAAGCAUGUACAACAACUCAAUUUCAUAGAUUUAACUAUUUACUUGAUUUUAAGUGAAGCUCCAUGGUUUUUAAAUAUUUCUUUAUAAGAUCAACUAGUGAAAUACACUUCUGUAUUAUAAAAUCUUUCGAUGAAGGUCUGGCAUCAAAUAAGUUAUAUUGACCGAUGUAUGUGCUCGUUUUCUGGAUGAAAUGGUAGUUAAAUCUACGACAUUACUAAGCUUUUUGAAUAAAGCAAGGCACAGUUAUUUAAAAUUUUCUUGAUGAUGUCUAUUAAUUUGUCAAACUGAGGGAUGGUUCGAAGUGGAGGUCAACAAUUUGUUUGAUACUCAGGAUAGGUCAAUGUACCCUCUGACUUGCAGGUAUACACAGUUUGACAUUAAGAUUUUUGCGAUCUCAUAGUUCUACAAAAUAUGUUCUUUAAUAGACUUGUUAUAAUUUUCACAAUGUCAAAUUGUUUCCAUAGCACUUAUUACCAUUCUCUAAAUAUUUAACUUAACUUGUACGAGAAAGCUCUAUAUUUUAAAAAUAAUUAUCGAGUGAAUUUGCUUUAGAGUACAAACCUUUCUCGACUUUGAUCUAGGCGAAAUUUGUCAGUGCAAUAUAUGUAUGAAAAUAUAUAUGGGUUCGAGUCCCUGAGUGAACAUCGAUUCUGGGAUGCAGGUACAUCCAGUUGACGAGUCACAAGUGGGACGAAAUGCACAUCGCUGAUUCCACUGUUUGGCAUCAUCCAUCUCUACUUAUAAGUAUAAUGGGAGUUUUUCACUCUUUAUAUUUUUAAUAAUAAAGUAUGUAAAAUCUUUCAUCAAGUCAUUUAACUCACUUCAUUAAUAAUAUUGUCUGACUGAAGUGUCUACAUUCAUUCAAAGCUGAAUUUUAAUGAAUUC